CUGCCCAUUUUGACUUUUUCGUGUGUUUUUUCGUCGCCAAAUCUCUAAUCUUCUCGUUGAUUGCUGCAAGAAAGAGGCGCGCAUAAACCCCUCCCACCCGAUCGUCGCUGUUGCUGCCCAUGACAAACGGCCUGGUGGCGCCCUCGGCGCACCUGCACGAGGCCCUCGCCUCGCUGCACCGCGCCUCGGCGCAGUUUGCCAGCGCCGACCCGGGCGCGCGGGCCGAGGGCGAGGCCAUCUUUCUCUCGCUGCGCCAGAGCCGGGCUGCCGUCGAGUACGCCUGCUUUGCGCUCGAGCACUCGACCGACGCCUACGUCCUCUUCCAGGCACUCACGUCCAUCGUCGCUGCGCUGCCUAACCUGGAACUCGUGCGGCCAUCGCCGAGCCUGCCGGACCUGGCCACGCUCUUUGACUUUCUCGCCGCCUUCCACCUCGCCCCGCGCAAUCUCCCGUCGUCGUCUUCCUCGUCUUCCUCUUCUUCGCAGGGCCUGCCACGGUAUGUGGGCGCACGGUGCUGCCAGGCGCUGGCUGCCGUCGAGCGGCGCACCCUCCAGCUCGAGCUCGAGGCUGCGGUCAGGAAAGCAAGAGGAAGAAGAGACGGCAGCACGAGUAGCAGCAGCAACGGCGACGCUGACGCCGUCGAGGCCGUCCUCGCACGGCACCGGGCCAAGCUCGCAUCGCUUCUUACCUUUGAUCAGGGGCACGGGCACGAGCAGGGACAUGGGCAAGAGCAGCGAGCAGCAACGACGGCGCGGAUCGGCAUCGCAAAGGCGCUCGUCGACGAGCUGCGGCAGGGCCAGGCGAGGCCGACGAUGGAGGCGCGCUGGGUGCGUGCCUUUUGGCAGCUCGAGGUGCAGCCCGGCCUCCUGCAGCAGGUCCUCGCCUCGCUCGUCGCGGCGCUGCACCACGCACCCGCCCUCGACUGGCUCCUCGUCGAGCUGGCCCCGCUGCUGGAGCGCCUGCUCGCGUGGCCUUUCAUUGUCGAGGCACCCUACGCGGGCCUGCAGCCCGGCGACGACCUCUCGCUCGACGAUGUCCGCCGGCUCCUCGCGGCAGAAGAGGACACUGGCGAGGGCGAGGGCGAGCAUGAAAAUGAAGACGAGGGGCACGGCUCGUCGGGCGCACUCUCGGCCGCUGCGCUGACGGCAGCCCCGCGGCAGGUCGACGAUGCGACGCUGCUCUCGACGGACCUCGUCUCGCUCCUGGGCGCCGUCUAUGCGCAUGCGCGGGCGAUGCAUGCGCCUGCGACGCUGCAUCAGCUCCGUGCCUGCCUCGUCCAGGCCGCGCGCUUCCGGUCAUGCACCCAUGCAGCAGGGCACCACGACGAGCAGGUGGCUGCCAGGAUGGCCGCCCUCGUCGACGUCUUUGACGGCCUCGUCGCUGCGGCGCUUCCGGCCAUCGACGGGCGACGGGGCCUGCGCAGCGACCGGCUUGUCGACGCCUCCUUCUGCGCCCAGUUUGUCGCCGCGCUCGCGCCCCAGCUCGACGCCGUGCCCCUCGGCCGCCUCGAGGCGAUGCUGUCGACGCUUGCCCGCGUCACGGCCGCCGCAUACAGACUCGUCUUUGGCCUCGCAGAUGGCAGUGGCGCCAAUGAUGCAGACGACGACGACGACGACGAGAGGCAGGCCAGCGACACCCUCGAGGCCGUCCUGGCCGCGUGGUUUGCCAUCGUCGACGUCCUCUCCCACGGCGGCACCGCCGACCUGCCCCCGGCGAUUCGCUCGGCGCUGUGGACCGGCGUCGUGCAGCCGUACAUCGACGGACGCCUGGCCCAGCAGGAGCCCGAUACGACAACGGGAGGGCCAGAUGGCGACGACGACGAGGAGCAGGGCGAGGAGCAGCAGCCCGACUGGCUCCUCCACGGCCAGGAGCUGCUGCUUGUGGCCAGCCUCGCGCGCCUGGGCGACAUCGACGCCUGCCUCGCCCACCUCGCCGCGCUCCUCGACGGCGUCCGCCACCCGCUCGAGCACUUUUAUCAGCAACAACAGCAGCAGCAGCAGCAGCACGCCGUCGCCAGCCGCGAACAGCUCGAGGCCGCGUGGGACAAGCUCCACUGGCUCGCCCUCAUCGCCGGCCACGUCGUCGCCGACGAGAGCCGCGGCGAGGUGGCGUCGACGCCGCGUGCGAUCGCAUCGCUUGCAGCCACGCACAGCCUGUGGCACAUCGUCGACACGCUCGGCCUCGCGCUCCUCGAUGUCGUCUUGCCGCCGCCGCACCAGCAGCAGGCCGACGCAUACAGCCCGCAGGUGGCCGCAACGCUCCUCUGGUUCGGCGCCCGCAUCGUGCCAUCGUACCUACUCGUCUCGCACACGCCCCUCGAUGCGCACCUCGAUGGUCCCGGGGGUGUGGCUGCGCUCUCGCGCCUCGUCGGUCGCGUCGAGGCCAGCCUCGUGGCCUGGCGUGCCGACGCCGACGUGCUGAGCCAAGCAGCCGCCGUGCUGGCCAGCCUGACGCGCUCGACGGGCGCCAUGCAGAACCUCCUCUCGCGGCCCGAGUUUGACCGCCUCGUCGCCACCGUCGUCGCCGGCCUGUCGACGGCCUCCUUUGUCGCCGCCAGCAACGGCGCGCUGCUCGCCGCCGUCGUCGGCUGCAUCUAUGCUGCGCGCGACUCCAACGUCUCCCACCCGCCCCAGGCCGCCUUUGACCGCAUCGCCGCCGCCGUCGAUGCCCGUCUGAGUGCCGUCAUGCACGACCCGGCAUUCACCAGCCAUGCGCAGCGGCCCGACGUCGUUGCUGCCCUCGUCGACGGCCUCGACAUGCUCGAGGGCCUAGCCAUGAGUGCCGCCCACCCGCGCUCGGCCCGCGUCGUCUUUGACUUUGUCGCCCGCUUCCUCGGCUCCUUUGCUGGCCUCGCGCGCCUCUACCGGCGCCGCACCGACGUCGUCGCGCCCCUGCUCCGUGUCACGGCCACCCUGGCCACCCACGUCAUCGACCAGCUGGGCGACGACGACGAGGCCGCCGUCGGCGCACGCUUCCACACCACCCUCCUCGGCAUCCUCGACGCCAUCGACGCCGAGACGCUGGGCCUGGCGCACGCCAAGAAGAGCAUUGAGCGCGGCGAGGACGACGCCGCAGAGCCCUACGAGGUCCUCUGCCUCAUCCUCGACGUCGUCCAGGCCCUCCUCGUGCCCCCGCUGCAGCCUAUCCCCUCGUUUGUCGACAGCGACACGGACCCGGCGCCGGCCGAUGCGGUGCAGCGUGCGCCCGACGCUGCCCUGGCCACGCUCGCCGUCCUUGUGCCCCUCGUCGAGCCGGGGUUCAACAAGUCGUCGUCGUCGUCGUCGUCGUCGACACCAACUCCAUCACCAUCGCCAUUCUCGGCCGAGACUGCCGACGCCCUGGCGGUGCCCCGCGUCGUCAACGGCUUCGUCGCCUGCCUCGUCGGCCUGGCCACGCACUUUUCGCCCCGCAUCGUCGAGCUGGCCUCGUCGUCGUCGGCAGACGCGACGUCGCACGCCUAUGUUGACGCCUGGCUCCGUGGGCUUGCCCUCGUCGUCGCCAACACGCACGACACGCCGCGGCUGACGGACCUCGUCGGCGCCAUCGCCGCCCUUGCUGCGCACAUUGCCGCCGUACAAGAGCGCAUGCAGCAGCCCCACCGCCUCGUCCUCCACCACGGCAUCCGCCAGACGUUCCGCGGCAAGGGCCAGCUCGCCGACGUCGUCGAGGCGCUCCUCGCCGUCGUGCUCCGCCUCGCCUUUGUUGAGCCGGCACUCGCGCCCAGCCUCGUGGAGCCGCUCCUCGACGGCCUCGCCCACCUCGCGCGCGCCGUGAGCAUGCUCGCACAGGGCCAUGCGGGCCAGCGCAGCGCCCGCCUCGAGGGUGCGUGCGCGCGUGCUUUGGCGCAGCAGUCUCCACCUCGUCCACCAAGCCUCGUUGAAGCCGGAGGACAAGGAGACGGGGAGGACCGCGCCGCGAGGGCAAAGCUCGUCGCCACUGUUGGGCCCGUCCUCGACGUCCUCGUCCAGGGCGCAGAGGGCGAUGCCCAGGCCCGCAUCAGCGUGGCCAAGGCCCUCGUCUGGGACGCACGCGCCCAGCUGCCGUUUGCGCCUUGAAUGGCCCAUGUACCACCACCGUCACCGUCACCAUCUUCAUCUCAUAUUGACUUCUCUCAACUUCAAUAUUUCACGCUAGCUACUCAUGUCCAUUAUCCAUCAUCAUCAUCAUCCAUCAGCGCGCAGAAAUGCCAGACAGCAUCACUGCCCAAUCCAAUUCAUCACUGCUGCAUCUCAUU